AUGAGGAGGCAAGACAACCAUUUGGGCCGGUCCAGUACAGGUGGUUUAUCUGUACCACUGUUCAACCAGAAGAAACGGAACAGAGUCCCUCUGACAUCUGUCCCCUCAGACACCGACUUCUUCUCCCACAGAGAAUACAGAUCCGGUACUGGACAUGAUUCAUACCGGGCUGGUAUCAGACCUGCCCCCUCCCACGGAGAAUACCUGGCCCAGACCGGACCAGAUCCAUACCGGAUCGGUAUGGGACCCACCCUGUCCCAGGGUGAAUGCCUGGCCAGUACCGGAUCUGAUCCAUACCGGUUCGGCACCGGCUCUGCAUCAGUGCCUUUGAACCAUCCUGAUUGUUCUGGUCAUCUAAAUGUACCAGGUCCAUAUGGAUGUUACGAGUCGUUGGGGCCUUCACCCCCCCAGCAGUAUAACAGCCACAGACCUGCCCCCCCUGGAUCUAACCCUAGAGCCUAUGCGCCUGUACCUCAUCCAUACAAAGGUGGAAACAUAAGGCUGAAGUCGGGUCAGUCCGACCCUCCACUGAGACCCCAGGACUCCACUCUCAGUAAACGGCAGGCUCCUUAUGACGGACCUGGGUUCUGUCCCAGGGGUCCCCAGUCCUCAUCCAAACCACCUAACUCGUCCCAUCAGCGUUGUACGGCGCCCAGACCUGUAGCACCAACCACCUCCUGGAACUUCACCAACAGCUUUGGACCUCAGCCCACUCCGUCUGAGGCCAAAACCAGCACCAGAACCUUCCACACAGUCCAGCCCGGUCCAGCACAGACGCAGUCGCUUCAGAUGAAACCGUCCACUUCUCUGAGAAUCCUGACGGCAACGAUUGACGGCAUGAGACACUGGAGCCAGUUCAGAGAUAAAGUCCCAAUCCUGUUUGAGAUAUGUGCUACUCUGGACUCUGCUGUCACACUGGGUUCCCACGGAGCCAAGAACUUCCUCCUGCGAGAUGGGAAGGAGGUGGUCCAGUGUGUAUACUAUGAAAAUGAGCAGGGGUUGCCCCGUCUUAUCCGUGGUCAGGUUCAUCGAUGCGUGGGAAACUACGACUGCGGCAGAAACGUUCUGACGUGUGUUUCCGUCAGAGCCGGUCACCCAUCAGAGCUGAGGAACGCCCACGAGGCCGUGAGGGUCUGCGACGCUGAGAUGAGGGCUGUGGUCAAGGCCGUCAGCGAGGUGUGAGCCCCGCCUCCACAUGAAGGGUCAGGGUUCGGUUCGAUGCAGCACAUGUUCGUUCUCUCACCAGUUUCACCUCUGACAG